AUGGUGCAGGGUGUAAACGCGCGGUGCCAUCUGCCUCCUCCAUCGGUGCUCUCAGAAGAAGAAGAAGAAGAAAAAACCCUCACACAUGCGAGCCCGGCACGAAAGAUGCUGCCAACUCUCCAGAUCUGGGCACUGUUUUGUGUGUCGCUCUGCUUCCUGUCUCAACCGGGCCAUUUCAAGAAGGUUUUCCGAUGUCCUUCAACAUGCAGCUGCUCCAGGGAGUCCAUCAUUUGCGUGGGGUCCUCCAACGUCCCGAGGAUUAGCCCCAACGACAUCAGUUCUUUGAGUCUCGUCAAUGGGACUUUCUCCGAGGUCAGAGAGGCGAUGUUCGCUCACAUGCCAUCCCUCCAGCUCCUGCUUUUGAAUUCCAAUUCUCUCACAACUGUAAGGGAUGAUGCAUUCUCAGGUCUUUCACAUCUGGAAUAUCUGUUCAUUGAGAGUAAUAAGAUGGAAACUGCAGCCAAAUAUGCCUUCAGAGGACUCAGGGACUUGACUCACUUGUCUUUGGCAAACAACAACAUCAAAGCCUUGCCCAGGGACCUCUUCAUUGACUUGGACUCAUUGAUAGAGCUGGACCUGCGAGGCAAUGCCUUUGAGUGUGACUGCCGUGCCAAGUGGCUGAUGACGUGGCUGAAGAACACCAAUGCCACAGUGUCCGAUGUUGUGUGUGCCGGGCCGGAGGACAUGAAGGACAAGCGGCUCAAUGAUAUGACCAGCCUGCACAAUGAAUGCAUCUCAACGGAUUUCGUCCUCCAUCAGUCCGUGGCAUCUGAGUCUCUGUCUGUUGACACAUUCAGCUAUAAGAACGACGUCUAUGUGACUAUUGCUGCUCCCAGCGCCGAGAGCUGUAUGGUUUUCCAAUGGGACCACAUAGAAAUGAACUUCAGGACUUACGAUAACAUCACAGGUCAGUCCAUUGUGGGUUGCAAGUCAGUUGUCAUCCAGGACCAGGUGUUUGUCAUUGUGGCUCAGCUCUUUGGUGGUUCUCACAUCUACAAGUUUGAUGAGGACCAAAGCAGGUUCAGCAAGUUCCAGGACAUUGAGGUGUCCAAGAUCUCCAAGCCCAAUGACAUCGAGGCCUUCCAGAUUGGCUCUGACUGGUUCUUUUUGAUUGCAGACAGCUCCAAAGCAGGCCUGUCAACGCUCUACAAGUGGAACGAUAAGGGCUUUUAUUCAUACCAGUCCCUGCAUGAGUGGUACCGCGACACAGAUGCAGAGUUUUUGGACUUGGAUGGGAAGGCCCACCUUAUUUUGGCGAGCCGCUCACAGGUGCCUGUGAUCUACCAGUGGAGCCGGAGCAACCAGAAGUUUGUCCUGCAGGGCGAGAUCCCCAACAUGGAGGAUGUUGUGGCCGUAAAGCACUUCCGUAUCAAGGAGGAACUCUACCUGGCUAUGACGCGCUAUAUCGGUGACUCCAAAAUUCUACGUUGGGGUGCCAAACAGUUUGCAGAGCUCCAGGCCUUGCCCUCACGAGGCUCCAUGAUUCUCCAGCCAUUUUCUUUCAAAGGCCGCUACUACCUGGCCCUGGGAAGUGAUUACACCUUCUCGCAGAUCUACCUGUGGGAUGAUGAGAACAAACUCUUUGACCGCUUCAAGGAGGUGUACAUCCAGGCGCCGCGCUCCUUCACUGUGGUCCUCACUGACCGCAGGGACUUCAUCUUCACCUCUAGCUUCAAGGGAAACACACAGAUCUUUGAGCACAUCAUCGUUGACUUGAGCUUGUGA